AUGAAAUACGACGUGGUAAUCGUUGGCGGCGGGUCGGCGGGGUGCACGCUGGCGGCGCGGCUGUCGGAGGAUCCCAACCGCUCGGUGCUGCUGCUGGAGGCCGGGCCGGACUAUCCGGACUUCGAGUAUCUGCCCGACGAGAUCAAGUACGGCUACAACAACGGGGCGUCGGAGAUCGACUCGCCGUUCAACUGGUCGUACACCGCCCGGGGCAGCGCGCAGCAGUCGCAGCCCAUGAACAUCGCGCGGGGCAAGGUGAUCGGCGGGUCGGGGUCGGUGAACGGGCAGGUGUUCCUGCGGGGGCUGCCCGAGGACUACGACUCGUGGGCCGAGCAGGGCAACACCGAGUGGAGCUAUGUCAACGUGCUGCCGUUCUUCCGGAAGCAGGAGACGGACAUGGACGUGCGGGACGACUUCCACGGGACGGAGGGUCCGAUCCCGGUGCGCCGGGUGCCUCGGCAGGAGUGGCUGCCAGUGUACGAGGCCUUCCACCAAUCGACGCUGGAUGAGGGGUUUCCCUACGAUCCCGACAUGAACAACCCGGAGACAUCCGGCACGGGCGCGGUGCCCAUGAACAAUCCGGGCAACAUCCGGAUGAGCGCGGCGCUGUCGUACCUGAACCCGGCGCGGCACCGGCUGAACCUGACGGUGCGCGGUGGCGUGCAGGCGCGGCGGGUGGUGUUCGAGGGAACGCGAGCGGUGGGCGUCGAGGUUGAGAGCGGGCGGCGAGCGGAGCACCUGCGGGAGAUGGGGAUCCCGGUGGUGCUGGACUCGCCGGGGGUCGGCAAGAACCUUCGCGACCACCCGAUGGCGCUGGUGGACCUGGAGCCGCGGGAGGGCGUGGCGCUAUCGGAGGACGUGCCGCGCAUCCAGACCGGUCUACGCUACACCGCCGAGGGGUCGCACCUGCGCAGCGACAUGCAGAUCACGCUUACGUCGUACGCCGGGGUGGGCGGCGGCGAUCCCAUCGCCGGGGCGAGCCGGAGCCGGAACGGGAAGACGCUGCACUUCACCGUGAUCCUGGAGCUGGCCGAGAGCUCGGGGGAGCUGACACUGGCGUCGACCGACCCAGCCGUGGGGCCGAAUAUCGACUACCGCUACCUCGAGGACGAGUUCGACGUCCAGCGAAUGCGGGAGGCCAUCCGGCUGUGCGCGCGGCUGGCCGAGCAUGAGAAGUUCCAGCCGCUGGUCAGCGGUCUGGCGGCGCCCGGACCGGCCGACCUGGAGUCGGACGAGGCGCUGGACGCGUGGAUUCACGCGAACAUCGGGACGACCUUCCACUCCUGCGGAUCGGCCCGGAUGGGUCCGGACGGGGACGCCAUGGCGGUGGUUGACCAGCAUUGCCGGGUGCGCGGCGUCGAGGGCCUGCGGGUGGUUGACCUGUCGGUGGCACCGAACGUGGUGCGGGCAACACGAACGCGACGGCGAUCAUGA